GUGCAAUUCACACAAGGAAUAUAUUUAUUCGAACACACUCAUUUCCGUGUAAAAAGAUAACAAAUACUUAGCCGAUGGUAUUAUUCUAAUAAAACACCGAGUCAUUUUCAUAAACAAUGAUUAAAGCAAUUUUAGUUUUCAACAAUCAUGGAAAGCCAAGACUUUCAAGAUUCUAUCAAUAUUACCCUCUAGUGCUAACACAAAGCGCACCAAUGACAACAUUCAGCUGGAAUUUUGCUAUUUGUUUCACACCUGAGGACAUGCAGCAACAGAUCGUGAGAGAAACUUUCCAUCUGGUGUCCAAGAGAGAUGAUAAUGUGUGCAACUUUCUUGAAGGAGGGACGUUGAUAGGAGGCUCAGACUUCAAGAUCAUAUACAGGCAUUACGCAACCUUGUACUUUGUGUUCUGUGUCGACUCCUCGGAAAGUGAACUAGGCAUUCUGGACUUGAUACAGGUGUUCGUGGAGACGCUGGACAAGUGCUUUGAGAAUGUCUGUGAGCUGGAUCUCAUCUUCCAUGUUGACAAGGUCCACUACAUCCUGGCUGAGCUGGUGAUGGGGGGUAUGGUGCUGGAGACAAACAUGACAGAGAUCAUCACACGCAUUGAGGAGCAGAACAAACUGGAGAAAUCCGAGGAGACAUUAGACCUGUCAAUUCUUAAUGAAUUGAGAGAGAAAAUUGCUAAGAUGUAGUAAGUAACAGCAGAAUCUGUGGUCUCUUUAG